AUCCCCCAAGGACUACCAUGGCUCUCUCUAUCUCCUCGACAGUGAAGCUCUCAACGGGUCGGUGACCGCACCCUUGUAUGAACCGGCGCUAUCGAUUGACUGAUCAGGGUACACGAUGCCUUUGCUGGGGUUCGGGGUGUACCAGAAUUACAACGCGAAGCCUUCCGUCCUAGAGGCCUUGAGGGCAGGAUAUAGGCAUAUCGACUCGGCGCAAGUUUACAAGAACGAGGCCGAUGUGGCGGAGGCCGUGAGGGAGAGCGGGAUUGACAGAGGGAGCGUCUUCAUUACCACAAAGAUCGUGUCCAAGAAUCACGGGUACGAGAGCACGCUUAAAGGCGUGGACGAGUCGCUCGCAAAGAUGAAGUUCGACUACAUCGACCUCUUCCUGAUCCACGACCCUUUGUCGGGGAAGGAAAAGCGACUGCAGACCUACAAAGCCCUGCUCGAAGCGCGAGCCGCUGGCAAGAUCAGGACCGUCGGCGUCUCUAACUACGGUGUGAAACAUUUGGAAGAGAUCAGAGCUGCCAACUACGAGUUGCCGUCGGUGAACCAGAUUGAGCUCCAUCCGCUAUGCCAGCAGAAGGAUAUCGUCGAAUACUGCAAUAAGAACAGCAUCGUGGUGCAGGCGUAUUGCCCGAUUAUACGCGGGCAGAUGGACAACGAGGUCAUUCAGAGCGUGGCGAAGAAGCACGGCCGGGACCCUGCCCAAAUCCUGAUUCGGUGGUCCUUACAACGAGGCUUCGUACCACUUCCAAAGAGCGUGACACCUUCUCGCAUCUACUCGAACGCGCAGGUGUACGACUUCGAGCUGUCGGACGAGGACGUUGCGCAGUUGAACAGCCUCGACCGCGGCAAGGACGGUGCGGUCAGCUGGAACCCCGUGGGCGCGGACUAGAAAGCCAGAUACCCGAACUGAAAGGACGAGGAUAGCAUUGUAAUUUUAGGCGGUGUGGAACAUAUCUGGACUUUGUGAUAGGGUUGUAGAUAGGCGGUACACCGAGUGAUCAAUGCACCCGCCCACAGCUUGCUGCUUCGCCGAGCGAAUUAUGCGGCGCGCGGGAGCUGUGGAGAGGAGGAUGGGCUCACCUUGUCA